AUGCUGGUCCGCUACUUCAAGGCGCUGCCAGACAGCGUCGAGGGCGUCCGCCGCGCAGUCGCGCGCAUGCGGGGCCUGCCGCGCCCUGAGGAGCUGGCAGAGGCAGCCGAGGAGGCGCUGGAGGGCCUGCUGACCGGGCGGCAGCUUCCCGGGUCGCCGGCCAGCGGGCGGCGGCGGCGACACCCCGCGACGGUCGUCGCGGCGACGUGA